AUGAUUUUGGACUUGUCCAAAAUUGGAUCAGCAUUAGAUGCUUCUACACAUUCUAACUACAUCUACACGCUACAUUUCAGACCCCAUGGGAUCGUACAGGUUCUUGUAUACACCAAUAGGUUUGGAAGAUUCAAGUACACACAGCAAUGGUCUUGGGAUCCCCAUGUGAAUGACGAAGUUGAGAAGGCUCACGAAACUAUUCAUGACAUCCUAAGUGACAGCUUGGAAGUUAUAGCUCAAAACACCAAGCAUUGCCAAAUCAAAAUCCGUCAAGAAGGUGAAGACAAGGUUGGAAGCAAUUUUGUACCUAUUUCCCAAAGUAUUGGAUGGCUUCACCAGCGUAUCUUAGUUGGCGAAAACUCUGGAAGCACUGCCAAGAAGACCAAAGCUCACCGACGAGGACUACCUUGGCUUCUCAAGCGAUUCAAUCAGGUCUUACUGGGGAUUGUCCUGGUCAUUGAAGGUGACAAGUACAACACAAAGUUGAGACAAGCCAUCGCCAGCAAAGCGCCUGCAGAAGAAAUUGCUUCGCUCAAGGCGGAUCAAACAAAAACCGCCCUCACUCAAUUGGUCAAGGAUCACAAGGCCAAGAAAGCAGCAAUGCAGCUGGCUAUCAAGGCUGGUAAGACUGGAAAGGCAGUUGAGGAUGCUGCUGCUUCAGUCACUGCACCGGACGAUGGCAAGGCCACAGCUCUCUUUCUCACUGUCGGUACUGAUGGACUUUUCGGCGUCUGGCACAAUACACGAACUCAAGUGAUGGCUGACUCUGUGAUGAUUAUCAACAUGGCCUCUAUCCUGAAUAGCUGUCGCAAGGCCACGAUUGCUUCGAAGCCUCACGUUUAUGGCGGACGCGCCUGGAACCGGCUUGACCACCAUGUCUUCAAGAUCUUGAAGAAGUUCUUGAACGAACAAGGCAAAUUCGACGAGAACUUGUCUUUCAAGGAGAUGACUGACCUGUUUGCGAUCGAAUUUGACUCUCGAACCAUCGCCGAGCUUUUCACCUUGGACCUUCAAAGCAAAAUCUUUACUCCGGGCUAUUCCCAAACACCUAGUGGAGGAGUUGCACCUGAGGUGAUGCUGAAGAACGAGAUUCAUUUAGCGCCUUGUACUCAAGAGUUCCGGGAUGUGUGGAGUGUGACUGAAGGAGCGCCUCAGCCUGUCUCGAAGCAAGGAGAAGUCAGGAGGGCGGGUGAUGAGGCAGGAGAAUGCGAUUAG